GCUUCAGUUCAGAAAGCGCAGGGAAAGGACGAGGGCCAAGUCUCGCGAUGUUUGAUUAGCAGGCGGCCCAGUUUUUGCUGUGUUGACUCUCUUUGGUGUCAGUUUCUCAUCCCCAAACUGAGGGAUUUCUGCCCCUUUUCCUUACUAAUACUGUGCUUGAGAACAGAUACUUCUCCCCCUCAAGACCCACAGAGACCCCUCAGGCCCUGCUUUGAGAGGACUUUUGCCUGUUCUUCUUGCCCUCAUAGCAUGGGGAAAAUUGGGUUACAGUUGAAAGCCACCUUGGAAAACAUCACAAACCUCAGGCCUGUGGGAGAGGACUUUCGCUGGUAUCUCAAGCUGAAAUGUGGGAACUGUGGUGAGGUAUCAGAAAAAUGGCAAUAUCUGCGAUUAAUGGACAGCCACCCUCUCAAAGGAGGGAGGGGGAGUGCCACAAUGGUGCAGAAAUGCAAGCUGUGUUCCCGAGAAAACUCCAUAGAUAUUUUGAGCCACACAAUGAAGCCUUACAAUGCUGAAGACAAUGAGACAUUUAAGACAGUAGUGGAGUUUGAGUGCCGUGGUCUUGAACCAGUGGACUUUCAACCACAGGCUGGUUUUGCUGCAAAUGGUGCCGAGUCUGGAACGACUUUCAGUGACAUCAACUUGUUGGAGAAGGAUUGGACUGACUAUGAUGAAAACAUAAAAGAAUCAGUUGGCAUCUAUGAAGUUACCCAUAGAAAGGAGAAGCUGCUGUCGGCAUUGUGCAAGAUGUGUGAAGAUUUGAUCUUUGGUUUCUCCCUUGUUCUUACCUGAAUUGGUCAUUAUCUAGAAGAGGCUUUUGUGCAUUCAGGUAUCUUCUAAUUGUGUCUUCAAGUUUUGGAACUGGCAAACUAAUAAGGUGGUGGAAAAAAUUAAAACAAUAUUAAACAACACUCUUAAAAGCACUCAAGAAAACACGUUAACCCAAAAGCAGACUACUGAGCAAUGUAUAUAGCAGGGCAAUCCUACAUACAGGUGCAGAACACUUCAGCAUUGAACAGUUCACCAUCCACAACCCUGCCAGGCUUCUACGGGCAAUGCAGAAAUAAAAGAGAAGCAUUAUCCAAAUGCCUUCCCCAAUUCACUCUCACUGCAAGUAAUACAAACGAUAUUGGGUAUUUCCCCCUAUAUGGUGAGAACCAUGGAUCCAGAGGUUCCCCUGAUCCACCCUUUUCAUUUCUCC